AGAGCCAACCACUCAUUCCCCCUAUCAACAGGCGUCUGGACACCCAAGAGCCAAACACCGUACGGCUCCAGCAACGAGCUAGAUCACAGCUCCUCGGCGGCGCCCACACCACCGCCGCCGCCCACGCAGCCCGUGUGGACGCCGCAGCCGUCGCCAGCGUUGAGCGGACGCAAGGAGUUCCGUCCCGUGCGCUUUGAAUCGCCCACACUCCCGCGACGCUACACGGCCCUGCAGCAACAACAACAGCCAGCGGCAACGACGACGACGACGACGACACCACCGUGGUCUUAUACAAACGGCAGUUGCCCGGUGCCUGCACCACGCAGCAGCACCACCACCACCACCAGCACCAAUCUGAGCACGCCGCCCUCAACGCUGAAUUCCAACAACUCGGACUACGCGGAGACCGAUUAUUCCAAUCAAUUUGGCCCCGUGGCACCCAGUGCCAGCGUCUCCGACAAGAUCAAAACAUUUGAACGCUCGGCUUCCACAUCGGAGCUGUACAGGCCGUUCGCACGCCGUCAACAGAACGACACUAGCCGCGCCGUCUAUAGGCCCAAUGAAGUCAUCUACAAAGUCAAGCACGAGUAUAUGAGCGAACCGGAAACGGAAAGCGAUCGCCCGAGAAAAAUGGCACAGUUAGGUCGACGGCAAUACGAAGGGAUCGGUCCCGUUACCAACGAUGGAAUGCCCAUCAUACUCAGAUCGGAGGUCCAGGAACCGCAUCAGCAUGAAUGGUAUAAGCGCCUCUAUCAGACCAUACAUAAGCAGAAGAAUGGCGACGAAUUUGUGAUACGCUACAAGUGUCCCAGAGCUCGUCCAUCGUAUAAGAGCAAUGGUUAUGUCUCUGAGCCCGAGCCCAACUACGAUUCCGAUUACUCAACAGUAAAAUAUCGUACACCCAAUCCGCUGCGCGUACAAUCGGUCUCAUCGGCUGUAAACGUGCGCAAUCUAAGCCAGGACGAUAAAUUGUAUGGUACUAUGCCCAAUCCCAUAAAAUCGGCACAAAACUCAUACAAGAAUCAACCUGGUCGCAUCGAGGACUAUACCACGGGUCAUUCGUCCGUUUCGGAGAAGGAGAAGAAGGAGAAUUUGGAACAAUCGAAACUAUCGCCGCUUUACACAGAAGGCAAUUUGUCAAGAGCUCUGGCCAAAGAAUCUGGUUAUACCAGCGAUUCCAAUCUAGUCUUUCGCAAAAAGGAGCUGCCCGUCAGCAGUCCGCUGAGUCCCGUGGAGCAGCGUCAGGCCUACAAGAGCUUACAGGCCGGUGGUGAGCCGCCUUUGCUUGGCUUCCGCAAGCCAGCGCCCGAGAAACCCAAAGAAAUUGUAGAAGAGUUUGAAUUUAUACAGAUAACGCCGACGCUAACCAAAAUACGCGUCAGCACCAAGCCUUUAGAGGAGUCUAAAGAAGAAUCAGAUAAAGUCAAGGCAGCAACGCCAACUGCAGCAGCACCGCCACCACCACCUCCUCCUCCGCCACCGCCACCACCGCCGCCGCCACAGCCGGCUACAGCUAGCAAAAUGUUUACGCAUUUCUCGAAGAAUCUGCCCUCGUUUAUACCGUUAAGCAAGAAGCAGCAGCAGCAGCAGCAGGAGACUCCGCCUCUACCACCGAAUCGUCGCUCCUCCUGCACGAAGAGCACGGUGCGCGUGGAGAAGAUAACGAGCAGCUGCUCGAAAUCGCGCCACGAUCAAUGCUUUCAGCCACCAGGCGGGACUAGCACUAGCAACAGCAAUACGAUUACCCUGCGCAAGGUCUCUACCGCGCGUCGGGAGCCCAUCUGUCGCUCCAAGUCCACGGGCGCUGUGUCCACAUUGCUGGCCACGCUGACCGCCACCAAGGAGACGCGCACCAAGGACGGCUGCCUGAUGAGAGUGCAGCAGCAGCAGCAGCAUCACGCUCGCCUCCGCUCCGUCAGUCCGAGCCGUCGUCCGGCACGCCUCCUGGCGCUGCGUCACUCGAGUCGCAGUCCCGUCGCCUUUGGCCGCAGCAUCUCCAAGGAGCGCAGCUUUGCCGAGGAGAAGAAGCGACUGGAGAAUACGCUGCCUGCGGGCCGCACAAACUUUGAGGCUAGCACGAAUAUACUGAGGGAUCCCUCGCUGAAGUCGCCGCAGGAGGUGCGCGAGGCGGUGCGCUCGUAUGCCACGUGCAAGGCGCAGCAUACGCGCAGCAAGUCGCUGCCGCGCUUGCGCCACAGCACCGUUAGCACCACCACGCGCCACACCAUGUGCUUCCCCCAGGUUCGGCCGCAGAAUCUGCUCGACUGCAGUCGCGCUCUGAAGAAGGUGAUGCCCAAGUGCAGCAAGGCGCAGACCCAGACCGUUGCCACGGUGCAUCGCAGCGCCUCGAAUGAGAGCUUGCCGCGCAGCAACUCCACCUUCUCCAUUGACUCGGUGGUGCGGCAGGAGUAUGUGCCCAUAGCACCGCCCAAAACCUAUGUGGGUAAGUCGAAGCCAGCCAAAUCGCUGCCAGCGCCGCUGCAGAUCAGCCGCAGCGAGGGUCACGUGCCACGCAAACGCGUCGGCACCACCAAAACCGCCAAGACCACUGCCAAGUCCAAGCCAGCUGUGGCCCAGCAGUCCUACAGCGAGACGGUGCGCGAGAAAACUCACUUCUGGAACGAUUACAAUGCCAAGCAGAGCCAGAGCCAGACCCAAACGCCCCACUCGCUGCCGCAGCUAAUCAACGGCGGCACCACCACCGACUACAAGUACUGCUCGCUGGUGGAGCCGGGCUACGGCGAGGAUAUCUAUGACUACACCGCACCGCCUCCCUCCAGCUGCAUUGAGGAUCUCGUGUGGAAGUAUGAGAGCAAGGCACAGUCGGGCGCCCGACCUCAGGCUGUCACAGACAUCGCCCGUCCGCAGUCGCCCGAGGUAGUGCAGCGUCGGUUCUCACCCACGCGCGAGGUGCGCGUGCCGCAGCAGCCACCGCAGCCGCAGCCGCAGCAGCAGCGGGAGGUGCGUUCGCCCUCUCGCCGUCGCAUCGACAGUCUGCGCUCGAGCCAGCGCCAGGACAAGGAGCACCAGCAGGCGGUGGCACGUGCCAGCAGCCUGAGUAGUGCCGACGAUCGCAGCAGGCGGCAGCAGGGCGGUGCAGACAGCACUGCCGCUGGCGGCCUCUAUCAGUGCGGGGAGCUGGCGCACAGUGCCACCUCGCUGGUGCAGCUGGAGCGGCACAGUCCGAGCUGCCGGUACCGCAACAACUGCGAACGCUUCACCGAGCUGAAUCGCUUCUACAGCACCUUGGAGCGGGUGGGGCAGCUGGAGCGCGCCACCUCGGCGAGCAACUUUCAUCCGUUGCGCAAGGAUGCGGAGCUGCUCGACUUCGAUGAGUGGCGCAAGGUGCGUCUGCACGAGCGGGCCGAAAAGGAGCUGCAAUAUCUGGUCGGCAAGCUGCAGUCGGAUCAGCGGGAGCGCGAUCUGCACUUUCGCUCGAAGGACGUGAAUGAGAUCAAGUGGCGGCAGGAGGCGGACCAGGCGCUGCAUGCCAAGCAGAAGUCCGUCGAGGAUUUGCGCGAGAAUUUCGAGCAGCUGCAGCUGCUGAAGCGGCAGCGCGCCGAGGCGCAGCUCCUGCCGCCCGUGCAGCGUCAAUGGCGACGCAAUACCGUCGCAGAUCUGGCCAGCAGCCUGGAGACACAAUCACAAGCGCAGGCGCAGCCGGAGCGACAUCUGAACAACGAUCUGGUCAGCACACUCUCCAAGGAUCAGAUCAAGAAGAUAACCCAGCAGCUGAACGAGAUCUAUGCGGGCAAUCGCAGGGCCACAGUGGAGGAGCAGUAUGUGGUGACCGUGGAGAAGGACUCCAAGCCGAGCAGCCAUGCGAACACGCUGAAGGUGCGCUGCAACUCGACCAUCAACAAGGAGCAGCUGCUCGGGCCGGUGCUGCGCAAGCGCGAGGAGCAGCAGCAGGCGCAGACGCUGCCACGCGCCACGCGCAGCCAGUCGCCGGUGGUGGUGGCUCGCGAGACACGCGGCGCCAUAGCCGCCAAGAAUGCGGAGUUGAGCCUGAGCAAGCCGCCCGAGGUGCCGCCGAGGCCCAAGCCCAAAGUGGAGUCCAAGCCAAGCGCGGCCAAGGCUGAGCAGGAGUCGCAGCCGUCGCAGCAGUCGCUGGAGCCGCAGGAGUCCAAAGAGAAUCCCAUCAAUCAGAAAAUCCAAUAUUUCGAGGAGCGACAGUUCGAGGAGCCCAGCAAGACCAUCUACCAUGCGCGCGAGGACAGCUCCCCGGACGAGGCCGAGGUGAUGCGCCUCAUCGAGCAGAACAUGCAGGCCAGGCAGCAGGCCCGACACCACCACAGUCACAGCCACAGCCACGCCCACGCCCAGCUGGUGCACACGGAGCUGAGCAACUCGCUGACCGAUUUGAGCGGCAUCUACGGCGAACGCGCGGCGGCCCGUGUAAAUUUUCACUUGCACAGCCCGCCCGAGCGGCCGCCCGAGGACGAGGACGCGGCCGAUCCGGCGGUCGAGCUGCACAGCUACGGAGCUGGUUCGCCCGGUGGCAGCGUUGAGCUGUACGACGCGUACUACCGGUCGCGCAGCCUGUCGCCGCAGUCGCAGGUCUCGGCCUGCUCCAGCUCCUACCUGCAGCGCGUCUACACCGGCGAGGUGCAGAAGAUCAAGCAGAAGUUCGAGAGCAUCGAGCGGGAGCAGUCCAAUGAGCGGCGUCAUUUUUUUGGGCUUAGCCAGCUGCGGAAGGCGCGCAGCGAUCCUCAAUUGAAGGCCGGAGGAUCAAAAGACGCCUCGGGCAACGCUGCGGAUGCGUUGCCAGCCGCCGACGACGCCGUCAGCCAGCUGACGCACAGGUUUGAGUUGCGCGCUGCCACGCCCACCGGCUCACCGGAUCGUGGCAGGCGGCGACAGCGCGCACGCCUCAUGCCGCACAUCGACAUCAUCAGCAAGACGGCGGAGCUGCUGCCGGCCAAGGCGGCCAGUCCGACGCGCAGCCACAGCAGCAACAGCUGCUCCCAGGGCCACGUGCAGACGCUGCGCCAUCGCUACGAGUCCCCCGAGCCGGGCCAGAGUCUGCCCCAGCGCUAUCUGUCCACCUCGCUGGCUGAUCUGCGGGAUGUGCACGAUAUCUCGCCCCACCUGAGCGGCGACUGGGUGGCCCACAAGCAUCCGCAGCGCACGCCGGCGCUGCCCAAGAAACCCCAACGUCAGCCGGGCCCCAGAGCCAGCUCCGCCUCGCCCAUGCGUCCGGCCAGGACGACUCAGCAGCCACAAACCACUUCCGACAUCUUUGCCAACCAGCCAUUCGAUGCCCACAAGCAUCGCCCCAAGGCGCGCUAUGUGCCCGACGGGGAGCCAGCGGCUGGCGCCCGGCGUUGCCCGGUCGGCAGUCUGGAACGUCUCAAACGCAGCGCCAUGGCGGUCACAUUUAAAGACGUCAAUAUACACUUCAAGACCCCACUCAGGAAUGAGUACAAGCCAAACAUAUCGGAUGAGGAAUUAGCCAUACGACAAGCGGAGCAUAUGCAAAAGCUAUACCAGGAGGAGCGACGACGCAAAUAUCUACAGGAGCUGCAGGACAUGAAUUCGCGACGACACACCGACAAUUUCACACCCUCACAAAAGUCACCGAUUGCCCUCAAUCGCUACGAUGACUUUCCCACAGACGUGACGCUUAAGUCGCUCGUGGGACCCAAGACGGUGGCACGCGCUCUCUACAAUUUCCAGGGGCAGAGCUCCAAGGAGCUCUCGUUCCGCAAGGGCGACACCAUCUACAUACGACGACAGGUCGAUCCCAAUUGGUACGAGGGCGAGUAUAACGCCAUGAUUGGAUUGCUGCCUGCUAGCUAUGUGGAGAUUAUCAGUCGUGAUGGCGCUCGCACACCCUCGAAGCGCCCCUCCGAGGGCCAGGCUCGUGCCAAAUACAACUUCCAAGCGCAGUCCGGCGUUGAGCUCUCUCUGAACAAAGGCGAGCUGGUCACACUCACACGUCGCGUCGAUGGCAAUUGGUUUGAGGGCAAAAUAGCCAACCGCAAGGGCAUUUUCCCUGUCUCCUAUGUGGAGGUCUUAACCGAUAUUGGUGCAGAAGAUAUUGCGGCUAGAACGACAACAGUUAUCAACACUCAGAGCACCACAAAUUUGCGUCCAAAUCUGGACGUGUUGCGCACAAAUAUCAAUAACGAGUUCAAUACGCUAACCCAGAACGGUGCACAUCCGCCCAAUGGCAUACUGAAGGAGACCCGCACGCUGCACAAGACAGAUGCCCUCCAUGUGGACACCAGCUCCGAGCCACUCACCUAUCGCGCUUUGUACAAAUAUCGGCCACAGAACUCCGACGAACUGGAGAUCUUCGAGGGCGAUCUGGUGCAUGUUCUGGAGAAAUGCGACGAUGGCUGGUUUGUGGGCACCUCGCAGAGAACGGGCUGCUUUGGCACAUUCCCCGGCAACUAUGUGGAACGUGUAUGAGCCCAAAAACAAAGAAUAGAAAAGAAAAGAAGAUAAUAAUAAUACAAAUACUUUAAAAAGUGAAUCUAAAUGGAGGAGCGUUAGGAACCGUUACGAUAUUUGUCUUUUGUCUUUGGCAGCCAAGCAAAA